GAGACAGACCACGUUAGCAGCAGCAGCAGCAGGUCCGCAAAGUACAAGCGACCGAGUGCGUACCGCGAGUCGCGAUCUUCCGCUAUUGGAUCCGUUCUAACGGAAGCCGCAGUGAACCUGAGAGGUCGAACACGGUGGCGAAGGGAGAACGUAGGGAGUAUUUUUAGAAUAUCACCUCGGUCUACCGGUUUUUGGCGUAGGCGAGAACCAACGAAGAUAGCGGAACAGCGGAUUUGUCCCUCUCGGACUCGUCGUCCCGUAACGGCUAGUUAGAGUUCAUUGGUUUCGGGCCCGCGUGUCUCUCGAAUGCUUGUGCGCUCGGAUUCUAACAACGGCAUUGUGCGCGCAUUACUAUUGCCACAGCAUCCAUGAAGCUGCAGGCGAAGGCGGGAUCACCACCUUAGCAGAAGCUGUUUAGCGAGUGAUACCGUGAUCGUGUGGUGGUGAUAGGCCAUACGCAGGCGUCUCCUCGGCCGAGCCGAUCCCGCGGGAAAAUGCCGAUGAAAGAGUGGAUCUCGCAGCUGCAGCCAGUGCAGCUGUACAUUGUGCUCGCCCUUUCGGUCGCUUACUGCAUAGUGCAGCUCUUCGUUAGCCAUAUCUCACACUCGCUGGUGCUGCUGGUCAACUCCUACCAUAUGAUGUGCAACAUUAUUGCUCUCACGGGCUGUAUUUUAACCAUAAAGAAGAGUGCCAAACCGAAGACUGAGGAGACCCUAAAGCCGAUUGAACCCAGCGGCGAUAAAUUUACGGAAGUUCCGCUAGCCCUUGAUGCACCGGUGGAAGCGGGCAGCUUAAAGCCUGCCUCGAAUGCUCUUCGAUCGCAGGGGGAGUUAACGGCCCUGGACAUUAAGCACAAUGUAAAGGUGAAAGCACGCCAGGUGCGGGAGAGUACGCUCAAGAAUACGUUCGGUUGGGCACGGAUCGACAUUCUGACCAUGCUGGUCGUGUGUAUCUUCAUGGCGUCGUUCUGUUUCUCGGCCGUCGUCGAAGCGCUACAAACACUGUUCCACAUCUCGCACCAUGGUGAUGCGAUGCACUUUGCGGAGCAUGUACUGGUGCUCGCUUCGUUGGGGCUAGUACUGAACGGGAUCUGCUAUCUACUGAUCGGGGGUUAUACGUACCAUCAGGGUAGCUUCCUGUACAUUACUUCCAGCGGUAAUGUCAUACUGGAUCACGUGAUCAGUGGUGAUGGUGUGCGGAAGGGUGAUCGUCGGUUGUCCGGUUCACGCCGGAAUGCGUCUCCAUCGCAGCUACGCAGCAAAUCGAAGCAUGAGAGUGUCCGCGAGCUGAUGCGGGACAUUUGCAGCACCAUCUUUGUCAUCAUUUGCUCCCUGAUCGUCUACUACACGACGGAGGAAACGGCCAAAUUUGUGGAUCCCGUACUGUCAAUUUUAUCCUGUGUGGUGCUAAUCGCCUUGAGCUAUCCCUACAUGAAAGAAUCCGGAAUGAUACUGCUGCAAACCAUACCCAAUACGAUCGAUAUAGAGAUCUUCAAACAGUCGCUACUGGAAGGCUUUAAGGAUAUCGACAGUGUGCACGAUCUGCACAUCUGGCAGCUAAGUGGGCACCAGUACGUCUCGACAGUGCACAUCAUUUUUGAUAGCCCCAAGGUGUACCAUACUAUCCACGAAGCUGUGAUCGAGUUUUUCCACGAGCAGGGCAUUAAUCAGGUGACGAUACAGCCGGAGUUUAAGAGUACGAGCGAAAGUCGUGCCCUUGGCGAUGGUACCGAGCGGUGCCUGAUCCAGUGCAGUACCCGUGCCCAGUGUGCCAGUCGUCGGUGCUGCGGUACAAACGAUCCACAGGAACCACUGCUAAAGGGUGUGAUCGCACAGGAGUGCGGUGCUGGAACGAGUGGUGGGGAAGCGAUACAAUUGACUCCUGUGGAGCCACCUGUAGCUGAAGGGGCAAGUGGUGUGGCCGAUGCUCCGACAACGAUUACCACCGAUGCUGGUACCGAUGAAACCGAAGCUCCAACGAACGUAACCGCGAAGGACUCAAUCACAGUACAAAUAGGGCCAGUAAAGACUGAUGAAGAACCACCAGGAGUGGCGCUACGAGCCAGUGCAGAUGAAUCAGUAGCAAAAGAAGUAACGAAUUAACGUCAACUGCCGCACGCACGUGGCGAUUAGAUUUCGAUUCCUCCUCCCGAAGUACCAGAAGGUAUUGCCAUAUUGCUUAUACCGUUGUGUUAUGUGUUAGAGAGCCCGUAAGACAACGACGUAUCUGCUGUCGGUUUAGCAUUUUAUUUGAAUUAAAUAUAAAUAAUAAACAAUUUUAA